GAAGGCCAGUAUGCCAGUGCGAGCGAGUGCGCUCUUGUACGAUCUCCCGGUGUACAGUUCGCACCUUCGCAAAUCGCUUCUCUCUCAUCGCGCCGCUUCAAGAGGCCCCCCGUCGAGUCCUCGAGUCGGCGACUCCUCCUCGUCGGCGCAAUUUCGAUAUACGUCUCGACCCUCCUUCGCACGCAUUUUAACGCAGUGAUGUGCGUCGGCGUGAUGUUCGGUGCGCCCACGUCCGCGAGGAGAAGCGCGUGACGAUUCCUCUCGUUUUUGUCGCGAAGCAAAGUCGAGCAGCCGCCGUUAGCGAAGAGAGGUAACGUCCUCUUCACCCUCUGCGCUUCCACGUCGAGUCUGCACACAGACAGGUGCAUGCUGCACUCGAAUAAAUGUUACUUGCUUCAAGUGUUCCAUAAGUUGACGCGUCCGUGAAUCACAGGUCCAUCGUAAGCGAUAAAUUUACUCGAAGCACAAAGUCGGAUCAACUUUUCCAGUCUUGCAAUAUUUUUGUAAAGAGACACUGCGAUACAUUCUUCCUCUGAGUACAUGCUAAUCAACUUUUCUCAAACUUGUGAUGAAUAUAUUUCGAAGAUUGCUAUGUAGAGAAGAUAUUUUUCGUUGAAAAUAAUCAUUACUUAAAAGAAGUAAAAGGAGCAGAUUGAAUAAUCGCAGAAAGUAGAACGAUAUUUUUCUGCGUAUACCUCGACGUCGCGUGUCGUUCUAGUCGAUUCUAUCUAAAGUAACGUUUUGUUUAUUAACAAGUACACUUCACAUAAAUAUAUUACUGCAAAUCUAUGCAUGGUUGCGUUAAUGUAAUACAGAAAUACAUCGGAAUAGAAGCAAACCGCGUCGCGAGGUGUAGAUAUUGUCGCGAAAUAAAUAAAUUUCCACGAAUCGCGCGAGGAGAAAAAUCGAAAACGAUUCGAUCCGCGACAGAGUUCAAGAUCACGGAAAAUUGAACAGUAUGUGAGUGCACCGGAUACUGAUAAAUUGCACAUCACUGUACGCGAUACAUUAAUCACGUCGCUCGAUGAACAUUGUUGUCUCACAACUAUUCUCAUCCAUUUUCCCGUCCGUAUAUUGAUGUCGACGGGGCUGGCGGCGAUAGUGACCGUGAGUUUUCUGGUUUAGCGUUUAACGUAAUCGCGCCCCCGUUGAGAGAUCCGUACCGAGUCGGGGAACGUUCGAGCGGGCACUCCUCAAGCCGAGAAAGAAUGUGAGGCUUUUGCCGCGGGGGGAGAGGACGGCCGUCAACGGUGUGUCUUCAAAUGUAACAAGGAGGCGCAGACUUAGAACUCACGCGCGAACAAUACGAAAGGUCGCUAAGCGGUUUUCGCUUUGUCACGUCUUCCUAGAGAACUCACAUCUUCAAAUUUCUUUGCUGCGACACAAGGAUGGAGCUGGAGAUACACCAAGAGUCGAAGGAUGGGAUUGGCAGCUUGCCGUUCGUGCCGCCUCCCAUGAAGAAAUCCGAGACGAGGGACAGUAUCUCGUCCGUCGACAGCGACGUAAGUCUCUCGUUCGACAGGAGAGGUUCCAAGGGCGAGGAGGCCGAUCUGUCGGACUACGACAGCGAGAUCAGGCCCCCAAAGGAAGAGAUCGGCGUCGACCAAGACUCAGGCGCGGACUCCUUGGACGACUCGACGCCGAAGGAGCUGGCGAACAGCCGGGAACAACAACAGGAGCCAUCAAAGGUUCCCGUUUCUGAAAGUACCGCGGACGAUUUCGUGCCGCCGAGCGACGACUUAGCCGACAAGAUCUGCGCCCAGGUGGAGUUCUACUUUUCCGACGAGAACAUCGUGAAGGAUGCUUUCCUGCUGAAGCACGUGAAGAGGAACAAGGAGGGCUACGUGUCUCUCAAGCUGAUAUCCAGCUUCAAGAGGGUGAAGCACCUCAGCAGAGACUGGAGAGUGGUCGGCGCGGCCUUGGCGAGGUCCAAGAAGCUGGAGGUGAAUCCGCAGGGUACUAAGCUGCGCAGAGUGGAUCCCUUACCGCCCUUCGACCAGACGGCGCCCUCCAGGACCAUCUUGGCGGCGAGGCUGCCGGUGGAGAAGCUCACGGUCGAGUCGGUCGCCGAGAUCUUUAAGCCCUGCGGUGAAAUCGCGCUCAUCAGGGUGCUCAGGCCCGGGCACCCAGCACCCUCCGAGGUACGACAGGCUAUCUCGAAGAGGCCAGAACUGGCGUCCAGCGAGGAGUGCGCCAUGGUCGAGUUCACGGACUCGAAUUCUGCGCGGAUCGCCAUGCAAAUGACGACCUUGGGUGACGCCAAGGUAUUCGAGCUGCAUCAGUCGGCUGACAAGAAGAGGAAGCAUCAGCCCACGAAGAAAAGUGUUCUUAAUAGAGUGACUAGGGAGGAUAACUACAAUUCGUCCAGUUGUCCAAGCGGCUCUGAACCGGAGGAUGGGCGAAUGAGGCACAAGAAAAGCGUCCCAGGAUACCCGAUGUAUCACAUCCACGCGGGUUAUCCUUUCCAAGCGGGGCCGCCUUCACCUGACGCAUGGUUAUCACGGAAGCUCUCCUCCUGCUCCGUAUCCAGUUCGGACAACAGCUUCAUGUUUCGGCGCUUGUCCUCCUGCUCCGGCUCCGGCUCCGGCUCGGACACUGGUAGACGUUACUCCACGUGCUCGUCCAGCUCUGAGACACCCUUCUUUCAUCCGGGCUACCCGGGUAACUUCUACCAUCAUGAGAGUCGCCGGUACUCUUGCUGCUCUUCCACCGGUUCUCCCAUGGAAUGCGGAGGGGGUUGUUACGUCACGAGCCGUCGCGGCUCGGCCGACUACGGGCCGUUCCUGAGAAGAAUGUCGACGUGCAGCCGCGAUUCCGGUUACGACAUGAACAUACGGAGAUUGUCUCUGUGCUCCUCGGGCUCGGAGCAAAAUGGAUUCUGUCAGUCAAGGAGUAACAACGGCAUCGCGAUGACGCAUCUACCCGAGAACGUGACGAGAAUGCCGUCAGGACCUGACGGCACUCGCGGCUUCUUCGGCCGCUCCGCGAGGAUGCCGGUACCCAUAGAACCCACUUGUUGAAUAUCGCUGAAGGGCUCACGUCCUCUCGCAGCGGGGCUAAUCCGAUUACGUACUUAUUAAUAUCGAUACAUAUCAAUACCUGCUCGAGCAUCGUGUUGCGUCGAGUCGAGUCACAGGUGACUUCCCACGAGGAUAACAACCAUGUCUCCAUCCGAGGAAAUUAUCUCUAUCAGAAGCUACCUUUCCUAUCAGCCGAGAACAUAAGUCAUUCAUAUUGUCUCAAAAUAUACAUCAGAUCGGACUCCGUUAUAGGCCUAAUUUAAUAUUUAAUUAUUCAUAUCUGAAGUAUUAUAUAUAUUAGAGAGUGCGAACUAUUCGAAUUUGAAUCGAGUCGAAUCAAAUCAAGUGAAAUUCGAUUUUUUUUUAUUCAAAAUCGAACCCCUAUGAUUCGAAUCCGAAUAAUUCGAAAAUUUCGAAUCGAAAAAAUUUGAAUACAGAUCGCGUACAAAAAACUAUUAAAAACAUCCAACUUUAUGGGAAUUAUUAUGAAAAGUUUACUUGAAAAGUUUGCUAUACAUUAAAAUUUUCUUCAAAAAUAUUAAAAGAAGAUAAUGGCUUCUAGAUAAAUUCUUACCAACUGUCGGAUUAAUAUGUGUCGUUGCGCAGCUUUCAAGGCUGGAACUGUAUUGCAUACACGUUUACCAACUAUAUAUUAUAUAUCCUUAAAAUGAAUUGAUUUCACACGAUCAAUGUUAUCUCUCUCAUAUUGAAAUUACUAUAUUC